UCCCCUUACACUUAUUUCAAUUGUUUCAAUUGGCAACAAUUAAUUGAAUAAUCACCAAGUGAAUUAACAAUUUCUUACAACCAUGAAAACUUUAUUCUUAAUUCAAUUUGUUUCAUUAAUUUAUCUCGCUAAUUGUUGGCCUUUCCCAAUCGAUCUAAUCUUCGAGUUAGCUAAAAUUACAAAACUCGAGUUCGAUACCUUGAAAGAUAUCGUGACCGCCGCUGACCACGUCCCUCAAGCCUUGACCGGAUUCAGUUUGGUUCCAUGUCCAGCUCAAUCAGAACCACCAAGUGAUUUUACCUGGGAAGAUUUUAAAGGUACUUGGCAUGAGAUUGAACGAACGGCCAUGUUUGAAAUCCUCGAAACUGGACAGAAAUGUACUCAGUUCAGUUUCACCAAAGAAUCCGAUGAGUUUAAAAUUAACACAACCGUUUUCUCAGAAAUUUUAAACAAGCAACUCUCUGCAAGCAAAACAAUCAAUGUUAAAGAUCAAAAAAAUGUCUUUGGAGUUAAAAUUAAUCCAAUUAAAGAAUCACAAUACUGGAUUGUAGAUACUGAUUUAGAUUCGUAUGCUUUGAUUUUCUCAUGUGAGCAAAUCCUUCAAGCUUCAUUACGUAAUGCUUGGAUUCUUGGACGGAAACCAACUCUUCAUGAAUCAAUUCGUGAUCUUUUAGUCAAAAAAUUAGGAUCAUUGGGAAUUCCUGAAAGUAGUUUAAUUAAAUCUGAUCAAUCAUGUUCAACCUUCAUUCCCUUUAAUGAUUAACUAAUCAUACUGGGGAACUGAUUAAUAAACUGUUUUGUUAUUUUGCAUAAAA